AUGACUGGGCCAAUUGAAGAGUCGCCUCCGGCGCAUUACAAUGAAAAACACACCAUCCAGCCUGAGGAUAGCAAGGAGCUCGAGGGGUCGUCUCACAGUCACCAGGAGAUGGUCGAUGGAAGCUCUAAUGAAGCGGGCCUUCAUGAGUCCGAGAAGGACAUUCCCACUAACGGUGUUCAACAGGUUCUCGCCAAUCUUCUCAGUCUCGCGGGUGUUUGCCCAUUUGUCGGAUCUCUAUCUGAUCUGCUCGGCCGUCGCUAUGUCGCCAUCAUCGGUGCCUCGUUCAUCUGUCUUGGGAUGAUCGUCUGCAGCACAGCACACACAAUGAACAUCUUUAUCGCGGGCAUGGCGAUUGCUGGCGCUGGCGCUGGUGUUAAUGAAUUAACUGCGCUAGCUGCUACUUCCGAGAUGGCUCCCACCCGCAAGCGUGGUGUUUAUGUCGCCGCCCUGAUCUUCACCAUUGUCCCCUUCUGUCCGUCCGUCCUUUGGGCUCAGCUCAUUGCUUAUCACAGCAGCUGGCGUUAUGUUGGUGCCUUCUGUGGGGCGUGGAGCGGAUUUGGUCUUUUGAUCACGGUCUUCUUCUACAUCCCUCCUCCUCGAACCAACUCUCUUGGACUCAGCCGGAAGGAAAUUCUCAGACGCAUCGACUUUGUCGGUGGCUUCCUUAGUAUCACUGGAUUGAUUGUCUUCCUGGCCGGCCUGCAGUGGGGUGGAUACAUGUACCCAUGGUCCUCCGCUCACGUCCUUGCGCCCUUGAUCAUUGGUUUCCUCCUUCUUGUCGCAUUUGCAUUCUGGGAGAUCUACGGUGCCAAGUAUCCCAUCUUCCCGACCCGGCUGAAGCAGGAGCCUCGCACUCUGGGUCUUACGCUUGUCAUCACCUUCAUCUCUGGCGCCAACUUCUUCUCGGUGCUGAUGUUCUGGCCCACCGAGUCGUUCAAUGUAUUUGGGCACGACCCCGUCGAGGUUGGUGUCCGCAGUUUGCCUAUUGGUUUUGGUAUUUUGGCUGGUGCUUGUAUUGUGCUGGUGCUCUUGAGUGUGUUCCGAGGACACAACAAGGAGUUGUUGAUUGUCAGCAGUAUCCUCAUGACGGCAGGUUGCGGUGCUAUGUCUAUCGGGCGUCUUGACAACAUGUACCAGCUGUGGGGAGUCCUCAUUCUGGCCAGCCUUGGAAUUGGCGGUAUCGUCGUUCCCGCCUCAAUUAUCACCACCAUCAUCUGCCCCGACGAUCUGAUUGCCACCAUUUCUGCGCUGACCCUCUCCAUUCGUGUCGUGGGUGGUGGUGUCGGCUACUGUAUCUACUACAACGUCUUCAUCUCCAAAUUCGUCCCAUUGGCACAGACCUAUAUUGGUGGUACAAUGGUCGCGGAGCUUGGAAUUACCGACGUCAAGCUCAUCACAGAAGUCAUUGAGCUCACCGGUGCUUCCCUCCUCGACGAAAUCAAAUUGAUCCCCGGCAUCGCUGGCAACGAAACGGCAUACGAGAUGGUCGUCACAGCUGGCCAGCUUGCUUAUGCCGAGUCAUAUAAGUGGGUAUACUACGUCAGUAUCGCAUUUGGAGGUGUGUCCAUAAUUGCUUCGUGCUUCUUGGGCAACAUCUCCAAGUACAUGACGGACCACGUUGCGGUGGUGAUGUGA